UGUAGGGUGGGGUGACAGAUUAAGUCACACUGACGGCCUACAUCACUGCUUCAAUGCUGGAGCUCAACAUGUCAGUGUCGGAUCCUGUUGUGUAUGGCAGCUUGUCUUGCCUGAGGAACUCCACCAGUGAUUUGUCCAACACCUACACUACUGCUCUGCUGGCCUACACCUUUACCCUGGCAGGGGACAUGGAGACCCGGGCCCAGCUUCUGCAGCACCUGGACACGAUCGCAUUACAAGAGGGGGGUCUCCUGCACUGGACUCAGACCUCCUCAGAGACCUCAGCCUCCCUGGCAGUGGAGAUCAGCUCCUACGUUCUGCUGGCUUCCCUCAAUGCCUCCCCUCUGUCUACCACUGACCUGGGCUACGCCUCCCGGAUCGUCAGGUGGCUGGUGAGGCAGCAGAACGCCUACGGAGGCUUCUCCUCCACACAGGACACAGUGGUGGCCCUCCAGGCCCUAGCUCUCUACUCCACCAGGGUGUUCAGUAGAGAGGGCACCAGCACAGUGACAGUACAGUCUCCCAGUGGGGGACAGCACCUUUUCGAAGUUAACCAAAACAACAAGCUUCUCUACCAGGAGAGGGCGAUGCAGGACACAGAAGGGAAGUACAGUGUGGAAGUGAAGGGCAGUGCUUGUGCCUCAGUGCAGGUCAGUGAAUACACAUCUCUCCUCCCAAUCCUAUGUUGCCAAAAUACGGUUUAAUCUAUCACUAAAGCUACAG